CAUUUUCGGCGGCGGCGGCGGCGGCGGCGGCGGCGGAGUGACCGGCCGGGCGCGAGGCUGCGAGGACGCGUCGGGCUGCGCGGCGGCCCCAGAGGACGGCGCCGCGGGCCGAGGAUGCUCCGUGGCUGCCGCGCCGGCGCCCGUCUCCCGUGAGCGCGGCACCGCGCCCGAGGCGCUCGCGACGGGCGGCGCCGUCCCCGGAGCUGACAGCGCCAGAGAGCGCGGCCGCGGACAGGACGAAUGCACGACGACAUGUCCACAAUGGUGUACAUAAAGGAAGACAAGGUGGAGAAGCUGACCCAGGAUGAAAUCAUCUCCAAGACGAAGCAGGUGAUCCAGGGCCUGGAGGCGCUCAAGAAUGAGCACAACUCCAUCCUGCAGAGCUUGCUGGAGACGCUCAAGUGUCUCAAGAAAGAUGACGAGAGCAACCUGGUGGAAGAGAAGUCCAACAUGAUCCGCAAGUCGCUGGAGAUGCUGGAGCUCGGCCUGAGUGAGGCGCAGGUCAUGAUGGCUUUGUCCAAUCACCUCAAUGCCGUCGAGUCCGAGAAGCAGAAGCUGCGGGCACAGGUGCGGCGCCUGUGCCAGGAGAACCAGUGGCUGCGGGACGAGCUGGCCAACACGCAGCAGAAGCUGCAGAAGAGCGAGCAGUCUGUGGCCCAGCUGGAGGAGGAGAAGAAACACCUGGAGUUCAUGAACCAGCUCAAGAAGUAUGACGACGACGUCUCCCCGUCGGAGGACAAAGAUGCCGAUUCCAGCAGAGAGCCCCUGGACGAUCUUUUCCCCAAUGAGGACGACGACCCGGGGCAAGGAAUCCAGCAGCGGCACAGCAGCGCGGCCGCGGCAGCCCAGCAGGGUGGCUACGAGAUCCCUGCGCGCCUGCGCACCCUGCACAACCUGGUGAUCCAGUACGCCUCGCAGGGCCGCUACGAGGUGGCCGUGCCGCUCUGCAAGCAGGCGCUUGAGGACCUGGAGAAGACGUCGGGCCACGACCACCCUGACGUGGCCACCAUGCUCAACAUCCUGGCCCUGGUGUACAGGGAUCAGAACAAGUACAAAGACGCGGCCAACCUGCUCAACGAUGCCUUGGCCAUCCGGGAGAAGACCCUGGGCAAAGACCACCCCGCGGUGGCGGCGACCCUGAACAACCUGGCCGUACUUUAUGGUAAAAGAGGGAAGUACAAGGAAGCCGAACCGCUCUGCAAGAGAGCCCUGGAGAUCCGAGAGAAGGUUUUGGGCAAGGACCACCCCGAUGUCGCCAAGCAGCUGAACAACUUGGCCUUGCUGUGCCAGAACCAGGGCAAGUACGACGAGGUGGAGUACUACUACCAGAGGGCCCUCGAGAUCUACCAGACCCAGCUGGGCCCCGACGACCCCAACGUGGCCAAGACCAAGAACAACCUGGCCUCCUGCUACCUGAAGCAGGGGAAGUUCAAGCAGGCCGAGACGCUGUACAAGGAGAUUCUCACACGUGCGCACGAGAGGGAGUUUGGCUCUGUAGACGGUGAGAACAAGCCCAUCUGGAUGCAUGCUGAGGAACGAGAGGAGAGCAAGGGGAAGCAGAAGGCUGGAGCGGCUUUUGGGGAGUAUGGCGGCUGGUACAAAGCCUGCAAAGUUGACAGUCCCACAGUCACCACCACUCUGAAAAACCUCGGAGCUCUUUAUAGACGCCAAGGGAAGUUUGAAGCUGCCGAGACGCUGGAGGAAGCGGCCAUGAGGUCACGCAAGCAGGGUCUUGACAGUGCCCACAAGCAGAGAGUGGCUGAAGUGCUCAGUGACCCUGAGAACAUGGAGAAGCACCGGAGCCGGGAGAGCCUCAACAUGGACGUGGUCAAGUACGAGAGUGGCCCUGACGGAGGGGAGGAAGUGAGUAUGAGCGUAGAGUGGAACGGGGACGGCGUCGGGUCGCUGAAGCGCAGUGGCUCCUUCACCAAGCUGCGGGCCUCGCUGCGACGCAGCAGUGAGAAGCUGGUGAGGAAGCUGAAGGGAGGAACCCCCCGUGACAGCGAGCCCAAGAGCCCCGGCCUGCAACGUGCCACUUCUCUGAGUGUGCUUAACCUGAGAGGCAAGGCCGACGAAGACCGCUCACAAGAACGAAAUAAUUGCCUGGCAGACUCCAGAGCUCUGAGCGCCAGCCACACUGACUUGGGCCACUCCCACACACGCCCCUUUAGAUAGUGAACCCGCCGGCUGAAGGGGCAGCUGCACCCCAGGCCCAGUCACCAUCCUGCAGCCCCGGUGGCCGGAGGCAGCUGACACGCACUUGAGGCACUGUGGGACCAGACAGCAGCAGCCCGUCCUGUCGGCCCUGCUCAUGGCCACCGCUGUCCUACGUGCCUGCCGCCUUCCCG